CUGCCACCCCUGUCGCCUGGCGCCUGGCUGAAUUGACGGCUUGAUGCACGGCGGGUGCUGUGCUGUGGUAUUAGAAUUUGGGGAGCUCUGUCAACGUGGCCUCUUUCCGCGACCAGCACCGCCGGCCUUGCCCCAAGCAGAUAAAUCCACAGCUCUUUAUCAACACGCCGCCUCAUCCGCCCCGAGCUUUCUCCUCCCCGGGCUCUGAGAGUAAAACCACAUUAUUCCUUCACUGCGAAUAACACCUGUCCCCAUCGACAGACAGUCUUUCCUUCUCCAUCUCACCAACGCGAGAAGGGCAGCUAACCAGUAUCUGUUUCUCCCUUCUGCUCCCUUCGCCCCCAACAGCUUGACACCCCAUCCAAGACUGCUGCUCCGCCAUCAUGAGGUUCACCCCCAUCGUCGCCUGGGCCAUCCUGGCCUACGGCUCUGUUGCCGACGAUGCCCAGAAGGUCCUGAGCGACGAGAGCUCCUCUUCUGCCGCUGAGUCUGCCACCGCUUCCGUGGACACCUCUCUGCCCACCUUCACACCCACAACCCUCAAGGCUCCCUUCCUCGAGCAGUUCACCGACGACUGGGAGGCACGAUGGAAGCCUUCUCACGCAAAGAAGGACCUCAAGGGCACGGGCAAGGAGGAGGAGGAGUGGGCGUACGUUGGCGAGUGGGCUGUUGAGGAGCCCACCGUCUACAAGGGAAUGGAGGGAGACAAGGGCUUGGUCGUCAAGAACAAGGCCGCCCACCACGCCAUCUCCGCCAAGUUCCCCGAGAAGAUUGACAACAAGGGCAAGACCCUUGUCGUUCAGUAUGAGGCCAAGCUCCAGACCGGUCUCGAGUGCGGUGGUGCCUACAUGAAGCUGCUCCGCGAGAACAAGGCUCUCCACCAGGACGAGUUCGCCAACACCACUCCCUACGUGAUCAUGUUCGGCCCUGACAAGUGCGGCCACACCAACAAGGUCCACUUCAUCUUCAACCACAAGAACCCCAAGACGGGCGAGUACGAGGAGAAGCACCUCAAGUCCCCACCACCGGCCCGUAUCGUCAAGACCACCGAGCUCUACACGCUCAUCGUGCACCCCAACAACACCUUCGUCAUGGAGCUCAACGGGGAGCAGGUCAAGGAGGGCAGCCUCCUCGAGGACUUCACCCCAUCCGUCAACCCCCCCGAGGAGAUUGACGACCCCGAGGACAAGAAGCCCGAGGACUGGGUCGACGAGGCCCGUAUCGCCGACCCCGACGCCACCAAGCCUGAGGACUGGGACGAGGACGCUCCCUUCGAGAUUGUCGACGAGGAGGCCGAGCAGCCCGAGGACUGGCUCGUCGAUGAGCCCCUCACCGUCCCCGACCCUGAGGCCCAGAAGCCCGAGGACUGGGAUGACGAGGAGGACGGUGACUGGAUCGCCCCCACUGUUCCCAACCCCAAGUGUGCCGAUGUUUCUGGCUGUGGCCCCUGGACCAAGCCCAUGAAGAAGAACCCCGACUACAAGGGCAAGUGGACCGCUCCUUACAUCGACAACCCGGCCUACAAGGGCGUGUGGGCACCCCGCAAGAUCAAGAACCCCGACUACUUUGAGGACAAGACGCCUGCCAACUUCGAGCCCAUCGGAGCUAUUGGCUUCGAGAUCUGGACCAUGCAGAACGACAUCCUCUUUGACAACAUCUACAUCGGCCACUCGAUCGAGGACGCCAAGAAGCUCGCCCAGGAGACCUUCCACGAGAAGCACCCCCACGAGCAGCUCGCCGAGCUGGCUGACAAGCCAAAGAAGGACGACACCAAGGCCCCCUCUGACCUGAAGUUCACGGACGACCCCGUCACCUUCAUCAAGGAGAAGGUCGACCUGUUCCUGACCAUUGCCCAGAAGGACCCCAUCGAGGCCAUCAAGUUCGUGCCCGAGGUUGCCGGUGGCAUUGGUGCCGUCCUGGUCACCGUCAUCGCUGUUGUCAUCGGUAUCGUCAGCUCCCUCGGUGGUGCCAGUGCCCCACCCGCCGUCAAGAAGGCUGCUGGUGACGCCAAGGACAAGGCCGCCGAGGCCAAGGACAAGGUCGCUGCGGCUGCCUCCUCCGGCGCCGAGGCCGUCAAGGACAACACCACGAAGCGCACCACCCGCAGCCAGCAGUCGUAGGUUGACAAGGUGGUGGCAAGGCGGCUGGAAGGUAGUAAUGGGUGAUUAUUGAGAAUGGUGCGCGGAAAAGAACCUAGCAGAGAAGGGAUAAGAAGGAAAAUGAAGAGAAACCCCCAACCGAAAAAAAAAUAAAAAAUUGAUGCUUCGCUUUUCACAUUAGGGCUCGUGGGGCUUAUAGGGUUGAGCACGGCGCAGCUGGUGUAUUUCUAGUACGGUAUCACGGGGAAUAGGAAUCAUUCACAAUC